AUGAAUGAAAGAAAAAAAAUUUUUCUUAGGAAUUGUAAUGCUAUAAUAAAUGCCAGACCUGGUACAAUUUCUGUCUUGAGAACUCAAGCAAUGUGCAAUCUAAAGUUGGUAGAAAGAGGGAGCAGAUGUGUAAAGGACCCUAAUCCUAUUUCAAGCACGAUGUCUCUGAUCUCCACAAAAUACCCGAUAAGUGUGUCAAGGGACAAGAUAGCAGACUACGAAAUACCAACAAGUUUCUUACAGGAUGAUGCUAAGGGGAGGAGAGUGGAGGAUGCCCACAUUCACGGAAGGAUCCUAUGCAAGAAGGAGGCUAUAGACUGGUGGAUAUCGAACUCGGAAUUACCAUCUAAGGAGGUUGUGAAAACAAUAGACAUAUUUUAUGACUUACCAAGAAAAGAAGUGAAAGACUACUAUUCAAUAAAAUGGGAAAAUACCAGGGUAAAGUUUGGAAAAUCGAGUAUAGAGAGAGUGAAUAACAUGGAUUGCAAGUUAAGUCUGCAGAGACAAAUUAGGCUUCUGCUUGAUCACAUGGACACUCGAAGAAGAGUUAUACCAGUCAUACCUGGAACCAUUGAUAGGAUUGCCACUAUGACGCAUGCUACUAUGGGACCCUCAUUUGUCCUAACUAAAAUGGAGAUAGGGGCUUCCAAGUCAAAAGACCUCGAAACUCUCAUCACAAAAUUUGGGAAAGCUUUAAUAAACUCUUGUUUAAAAUAUCAGCCAUCACUGAAUGACAUCCAGAAAACAAUAAAAAACACCAAAAUUCUGUCUCAUCGGCUGCAUGACCUCAUCAAAAGGAAUGACAUACCCGACAAUUUGCCCACAAGAUGGAUGAAAGCAGCAUUUGGUAUGUCAAUAACUACAGAAAACGUGAAAGGAUCCAUGACUACGAGUGCCAAGCCCACUCAGGUAAUUGUGGUGAGAGAAUCGAAUAAGAAAGGCAUAUCUUACAACAUUUACCUUGGAAAAGAGAAGGUUAGAUUUAGAUACAAAGAGAUCAGGGGCAUUUUCAUCCAUAAUGGAUCUUACCUAUACAAUAUCAGCUACUCUUCCAUUUUGAGCGCUUCUACGGAUUCCGACCCAACCUAUCGACCAGAAUUACCAGAACAUGCAAAUCAGGAAAGGACACUAGAUUGGUUACGUGCUGAGAGUUUUCAUGAAACUGACCGGGACGACACAAAUUUAAAGGAGAAUAGUUAUAAUGAUUUAGAAUACGUGACACUAAGUAAUGUAGAACUGCCUGAUUCGCAGGAUAGUUUUUCUAAAGAAAAAUCACAUAAUGAUACCAAUAUUUCCUCAGAUUUUGAAUCAAGGACAUCUUCCGUUAUCUCAUAUAUUCAACCUAUUACUAUUAUGAGACAGUAUAUUGAAUCAGAUCAAGAAAGUUUAGAAGAUAAUCCUUCUAAAAUUGUUGCAGAGAGUGACGACAUAGAUUAUUCAACAGCAAUUACAUUGAGUGAAAACUUGCCUGAUGAUGUUUUACAAAUUAACAAUAUAAAUGAAAUAACUGCUAAUAAACAGAAUCAAAAUACAUCUAAAAAUGGUCAAAGUACUACUGAAUCAAAUAAUCCAGAAUUAUCCCUAGAAGAAGAAUCUGCAAAAACCGCAUUUCGAAAUAAAUUGUAUGAUAAUUACAUUGACAAUGCUAAAAAUAAACAGAAAAAGAAAAGAACUGUAUGCAAAUUUUGUCAAAUCAGUGUUACGAAUUUUGAGCGGCAUCUAUGCAGGCAUCAUAAAGAAGAAAAAAAAGUAAGAGAUUAUUUAAACUUUCCGAAAAGCACCAAAGAAGGUAGACAGAUGAGAAGAAAUAUUUUAGCAUUAUUGCGAUAUGAAGAAAACUUUAAAGAUUUUGUGCAAAAAGAGGAUGUUCUUAAUUCAAAUAAAUUACCAUGUGCCCAUUGUAAGCGCAUAAUUGCUGUAAAAUAUCUAAGAAGACAUUACCAAAAAUGCAUUGUUAAGCCAAUAAAUGAAACCGGUCAAAAUGUGCAGCACCGGGCAGCUUCACAAACGUUAGUAGCGUGUGCUAGUGAAUAUGCGAACGUAAAUGCAACUCUAAGAGUAAAGAACGAGGUGUUCAGUAAAAUGGCAUCGGAUAAAAUUUGUUUUCUAGCAAGAACGGAUCCAUUAAUUCGACAUUUCGGUAGCUACUAUUUAAAAAAACAUAAACGAGCCCAGAUUGCAAGCGCCUGCUCUAAUAAGAUGCGGGAAUGCUCCAGAUUAUUAAUCGAAAUGCGCAGGCGAAUUGGAAAACCAAAAUUCGCCUUUUUUGAAAUGCUUAAUCCUAUAAAUUUUGACGAUGUUGUUUUAUGCGCAAAAGCCAUAAGCGGAUAUGAUGAAGAAAAGAAAGAUUAUAAAGCUCCGAGUUUGGCUUUGCACAUAGGAACUACUCUACAGCAAAUAUGUGAACUAACCACGAAUUUGUUACUUAAAAAGUCUCCAGAAUUUUUAGUCGGUAACGUAGAAGAUAAAUUAAAAGAAAUAAAGAGAUUUAGAUUUUUGGUUCAGAGUCAGUGGAGUAACGAGGUAUCUUCCCUGGCACUAAAAGAUUUGGCUGAAAAGAAAUGGAAUAAACCAGUUAUGUUGCCGAUAACUAAAGAUGUAAUUAAAUUAAGGGAUCAUAUUUUAGAAACUGCUAAUAAAAACGCAGCUUUGCUUAAACAGGACAAUAAUAAUGUAAAAGCCUUUAAAAAACUGGUUGAUGCUUCAUUAGCUCUUACAAUUUUGUUCAAUCGCCGAAGAAUUGGCGAUGUUCAGUAUGUAAAUCAGUAUGUAAAUCUUACCUGA